CAGUAAUCAAGCAGUGUAUCAAUAGCGUGCGUCGUGUAACUGCAAAUCCCUCGUCUUCUUCUGGCUGGAUUAAGAACUGAUUUCACUUAUUCUGAUUUUGAAAUAGAAGAUGACGCCUCUACCUUGGUGGGUGUUACUGGUAUCGCUGUUGGUCAUCGCGGUGGCUGCGCAUCCAUUCGAGCACGCAUGCGUCCGUUUGUGUCGUGCACGGGACACCAGCCCCGAGUUCGCCGGAGUCUGCGAACACCAGCAGAGGCCUGUCCUUCAGUCCGGUGGAGGCCGGUUUCCCAUUCAACGCCUGUUCAGGCUCUGCCUGACCCCGUGCCACGGUUCCGAUUUGGAUUCUCAAUCAUUCGACACCACCGAGACCUGUCUUGCCUUCAGAUACUCUCUGAUCCAACGUCUAGGCUGUUCCUGCGACAGCCUGAAUUAUGACGGAAAUCUUGGAGAAGAUCGUUGGGAGGUCGAAAAAGAUCAGAUGAAGGAAGCUGAUAGAUGGAAAAUGUUGAGGGAACGUGCCGAUGAGAAACAAGCCGUGGCUUAUGCUGAUUUGCAACGUCAGCAACAGUUGAGCGUCGAAAGUCUUUACAAAAUAAUUGCGGAGACUAUGGCAGCAGACACUGAAGACGCUGUCAUCGGUAAUUUGAAAACAGGUUCGCCAAUCGUUGAGUCUGAGAACAUGGACGAGACUUCUGUAGAUUGGGAGAUGUGGUGUAGAACCCAGUGCGAGAACGGUCAGGGAGGAAGCGCCUGUCAUUGUGACAUUAUUCCGUAAUAGACAUGGGACUGUAUCGGGUGAACGCGGGAUGAAGACGACAGAUGAAGAUUCGCAGACGGGCACGAAUUUACGUAUCUCGUAGGUUAGCGGUACAAUGGUCGAUGGUACCGAUAGACGUAAGGUCAGUAUUUUUAUUGAUAACAGAUAACGUUAUAAAAGGAUAAUUAAUAUCUCCUCUGUAUUGUUUUCAACUUUUUAAUCCUCGAUAAUACAUGUACGAGCUUAAUUUUGAUCAUGCAAAGAUUCGUUUAUAAUUCCACGAUAUCGCGAUACAGAGAUAAGGAAUGAAUUCUGUGGGCUUUUUUUAAUCUGAAAUGAUUUUCCAUUUGUGAUCCAUCGAUUAACUAAGUGUUUUUUUUUUUUAAAGUGAUUGCGAGAUAAAUGGAACAUUGAUUGUUAGGCAACUCAAUUGCUUUCUUAGGCUUAAGAUUUUUAGACGCUAGGUCCGGUUCACGCGCUUAACGGCGAAGCUUACCAUUCAGGAAAAAAACUUUUAUCAGACAGCUGCUAGACUUCUUCAAGAUAUUGAGAGUUUCAUUGUUGAUUAGCUAUCAAUCAUUUCACUAGAUAAGAAUAAUUACACAAUAGUUACAAUUCAUGGAACUGGCAACAAUACAUACAUUAUUGCACAAUUAAAGUGACAGAAACAUUGUCAGUAUCGGAAGCGUGUGAACGGGACAUCGACGUGCAAUGUGUGUAUUAUGCAAUAAACGAUAUUUAUACAUGACCGCGAUGCAACGAAAUCCGUGCAUCGACGCGUCGACACGCCUCGUAAGGCUUCCACUAUUGUAAAAUAUCAUCUUUUACAUGUUGCUCUUAUGACGCACAUAUUUGAUAAGCGAUUGUAAUUAGCAGUUAAGGUUUAAGCAGUUAAGCGAAACAAAAUCCAUGUCUUCCAUUUGGUAGUUUCUUUGCUACUGACGCAAGUGAGCCUCGCGGAGAGUUAAGGUAUCCGAUAGGCGAGCAAAAUAAUGCGAGCAUGCAAAUAUUGAUAGUCGUUGUUUAAGUGAUUAUUCUUUUAAUGCAACCAUCGUGUCGAAGGGAGAAAUUUAAUGAAGCAUCAUCGAAUUCUGUCGCGCGAUUGGACUGCAUGCUAUUCUUUAUUUACAUUAUAGUGUACCGUUAAAAAAAAAGAACGUUGUGACGCGACAAUAAGACGUAGAUUAUAGUAUGCCUGUGCGAUGCAAACGUUGUCUUUCGCGCGAUUCACACGUCUGUCGAAGAUGCAAUUAGAAAUUUUUUAUACUAACUAUAUUAUAGGGAUUGUAAUACAUAUGAAUGACGAAGGCAGAGCUGGACAACGCAUCGAAUAGACGUAGAAACAAUAAGAAACGCGCGGAAGACUCGAUUUCAGCAACUUAUUAUCUGGGCUACGAAUAAUUAUAAACUUAUAAGUGUACUACGUAAUUAUGUUGUAAAUAUUUAUAUACUAUUUAAACGAGACUAGUUUGGGGUACCAAUUUACAAAUCAAUGAUGUAUGUAUAAUCUACAGUUUGAUCACUAUUAAUUUUAGAUGUUAUUGCUCUACGAUGUAUGAGGGAUGUAUGUAUAUGUGGUCGUUGUGCUGACAAGAUCAUCAUACUAUGAUGAAAAGGAUUAUUUAUACCUAAACAGAUUCAUGGGUAGACCUACAGAUCCUCCCCUAUCUCUGAUGUACCUAUUACUUAUAUCAUUUAUGUUCAUAACUGUACAUUGUGUAUAUAUGAUGUAAACGAACAAUGUCCGCCUUAUGUUUUGUCAUAUGAUAAAUAAAAAAAUUGUAUCCUA